AUGGCGUACGGAUCGCUGAGCGUGUCGUUGAAAUUGGUGUUCGAAUCCGCGGGCGCGCCCACGGCGGGCGUGCUCGGCGGCGUGCGAGGUUUGAUGACGAUUUUGUGCUUCGCGCCGAUGUUGAUGGCGAAGGAUUCGAAGGGGGGGGAAGGUUUCGAAACCGGCGCUGGAUUUUGGCGAAGCGCGGCGGAGUUGGCGUUUUGGAAUCUCGGGAAUCAGGGAUUGUGUAACGUCGCGCUGUUGUUCACCGACGCCACGCGCGUGAGCUUCUUCACGCAAGCCUCCAUCGCGUUCACGCCCUUCAUCGCGAGCUUGGGGGGCGAUAAGGUGAAGUCCAUGACGUGGCUUGGGUGCGCGUUGGCGUUCUGCGGCGUCGCCGUGCUCGGCAUGGAUGGUGGCGCGGCGGCUGAACUCGGUGGGAAUUUCAAUCUCGGCGAUUUACUCGCGCUCGCGGGCGCGGCUUCGUAUUCCAUGUACGUCUAUCGCAUCGGGCAAUUCGCCAAGCAGGGGUUUUCCGGACAAGGAUUGCAGGUGUGGAAAAACGUUUUUCUGGCGGCGAUGUACGGCGGUUGGAUGCUGUAUGAUGUGUUCGCCUUCACUUCUGGCGUGCCUGGAGCCGCCGUCCCGUGGGCUGGUUGGCAAAAUUUGAAGAUUUGGGUCCUGCUCGCCUUCACCGCCAUCGUUCCCGGUUGCCUCGCCGAUUUGGGGCAAGCCAAAGGGCAAGAAACCGUCUCGGCUUCUGAGAGCUCGGUCUUACUCGCGGGCGAACCAUUGUUCGCCGCCGUGUUCGGUGCUGUCACUUUAGGAGAAAUCCUCGGCCCUAUGGGUUACGUGGGAGGAGCGCUCAUCGUCUUCGGUGGGCUGGUCGCCGGCGACGUGUUCGCGUCGAAGAAAUCUUUGACCAAGUGA